CCGGCCAUGUGACUGCUGCUAUCUGAUUGGUUACUAAUCCUCACCAUUCUCUCUCCGCAUUGGCGAUCUGACGUUUUCAAUCCGUCCUGCCAGACACCGGCAUGGCGGCGAUCGGUGUACAUUUUGGGUGCACGUGUGCCUGUGUGGCCGUAUACAAGGAUGGCCGAGCUGAUGUGGUGGCCAAUGAUGCAGGUGACCGAGUCACACCUGCUGUUGUUGGAUAUUUGGAGAAUGAAGUGAUUGUUGGCCUUGCAGCAAAACAAAGCAGAGUUAGGAAUGCAGCAAAUACCAUUGUGAAAGUGAAACAGAUAUUGGGUAGGAGCUUUGAAGAUGCACAGGCUCAGAAACACAUCUCUGAAAGCAAAUGUUCAGUAGUUGAGAAAGGAGGAAAGCCCAAGUAUGAAAUUGAUACAGGAGAAGCUGUGAAACUCGUGAGCCCAGAAGAUGUUGCAAAACUGAUCUUCAGUAAAAUGAAAGAGACUGCCCAGUCAGCUUUGGGGUCGGAUAUCACCGAUGCCGUUAUAACCGUUCCUUUUGAUUUUGGUGAAAGUCAGAAAAAGUAUCUUGGGGAAGCUGCAGCAGCUGCUGGGUUUAACAUAUUGCGUAUGGUUCAUGAGCCGUCUGCUGCUCUCUUGGCUUAUGGAAUUGGACAGGAUUCACCCACUGGUAAAAGCAAUGUUUUAGUGUACAAGUUGGGAGGGACAUCAUUGUCUGUCACUGUGAUUGAAGUUAACAGUGGAAUAUAUCGAGUCCUUGCAACAAAGACUUAUGAUGACAUUGGAGGAGUAUGUUUCACGGAAGCUUUAUCACAAUAUCUAGCAUCUGAAUUUCAGAGGUCAUACAAACAAGACAUUAAAGGAAAUGCCCGUGCUAUGAUGAAACUAAUGAAUAGUGCUGACCUUGCCAAGCAUUCUUUAUCCACUUUGGGAAGUGCCAAUUGUUUUGUCGAUUCAUUGCAUGAUGGAAUUGAUUUUGAAUGCAGUGUUUCCAGGGCUCGUUUUGAGCUCAUCUGUUCUUCUCUGUUCAAUCGAUGCAUUGACCCGAUCAAAAUGUUGUUGGAACAGGCUGGAUUUAACGCGACUCAUGUGAAUCAGGUAGUGUUAUGUGGCGGGUCAGCUCGCAUCCCAAAGCUACAGCAAUUAAUUAUGGACUUAUUUCCGGAGGUGGAACUUUUAAAUAGCAUUCCACCAGAUGAGGUCAUUCCCAUUGGUGCUGCCAUAGAAGCUGGAAUUCUACUGGGCAAAGACAAUUUAUCAACAGAACUAGAUACCAUUACCAUUGAGUGCUCUUCCAGUGACAUAUUAGUUAAGGAAGCUGAUGAGUCUGGAGCUGAGAAGUUCACUAUUUUACUGCCAUCUGGAACGCCACUUCCUGCUCGUAGACAACACUCAUUACAAGCACCUGGAAAGUUAACCUCUGUGUGUCUCGAACUAUAUGAAUCUGUUCAGAAAUCUGAUGUAUCGGACAACUGUAAAUUUGCACAAAUUGUACUUAGGGAUUUACAAAAGAAAGAAAAUGGAAUUCAUGACAUAAUGACUGUACUGACAAUGAAGAGGGAUGGAUCAUUACAUGUAACUUGCACAGACAAAGACACUGGGAAGUCGGAAAUGAUCACAGUUGAAGAAGCAUCAUAGCGUUCUUGAACGAGGAGCAAUCAUGUCACAUCUACGUAACACAAAAGACAAGUUCAGUCAUUUCAAAAUCUUAGCAACAAUGUUUUGAACUUUAUAAUUCUUGAAAUCAUUAAAAAUAUUUAGACAUCCUUCAUAA